GGCACUUGCCGCACAUUCGUGAAUCAACUGGAGCAUGGGUAAGAUCUCGCUUUACGGCUUGGACGCCAGUCCACCCACCAGGGCUUGCCUGCUCACUUUAAAGGCCUUGGACCUGCCCUACGAGUACAUAUUCGUCAAUCUGUUCGAGAAGGAGAACUACGGCGAGGAGUACUCGAAGAAGAACCCCCAGCAUACGGUUCCAAUGUUGCAGGACGAUGAGGCCUACAUUUGGGACUCGCACGCCAUUAUGGCCUACCUGGUGGAGAAGUACGCCGCCAGCGAUGAGCUCUAUCCGAAGGAUCUGCUCCAGCGGGCCAAGGUGGAUCAGCUGAUGCACUUUGAGUCGGGAGUGGUGUUCGAGGCUGCCCUCCGCCGGCUCACCCGACCGGUUCUCUUCUACGGGGAGCCCACCCUGCCUCAGAAACAGGUGGAUCACGUCAACCAGAUUUACGAUUUUGUGGAGUCCUUCUUGGAGCACGACUACUUGGCUGGCGACCACCUGACCAUUGCCGACUUCAGUCUGGUGUCGACCAUCACCUCGAUUGGGGUAUUUCUGGAACUGGACUUGGCCAAGUAUCCUAAGAUUGAGGCAUGGCUGGAGAGGCUCAAGGAGCUGCCCUACUACGAGGAGGCCAACGGCAGCGGAGCAACUCAAUUCGUUAAUCUCCUGAAGUCCAAGAACUUUACGGUUGUCCCCUAAAGUGCACCUCCAACCAACCACACUUAGUAAAAAUUUCCAGCUCCAAAGACUUUGAGUUAAAAAUUGUAUUUAUUCAUAUAUGUAACUAUUUCUUAAUUGGUAAAGUAUUUAGUUUCUAUAUAAAUUAAUCUAUUGUGUCUAAUAUUGAUCUGUUUUAGGACCUAUUUUGAGUAAUCUCCCUUUUAGUUUAAAAUAAAUUGGUUGAGCACCCACG